GCGCUGCGAGUAGCACAGCAUAGUAUCGCAUCUGGCACAGCGCUAGUCAACCAGUGAAUUUUUUGAAUCAAGCAAGCGAAUGUCAUGCCAUGCAUGUCAGUUGAUUCCGCAGGCAGACCAGUCUCUCCUUUCCAGUCAGCCAUGUUUAUUUCUUUGGAAUGUGUUUGGAAAUGGUGGUAGUGAUUUAAAAAAUAUAUUGUGAGAAUAUUUUAUUUCAUAAUUUUCUUAAAACUGUGUAAGUGAAGUUUAAAUGUGUUGUCUUGUGUAAGUGAGGUGUGAAAUAUCCGCAAAGAUGAAUUGGGGCACAGAGCUUUGGGAUCAAUUUGAUAACUUAGCCGCCCACACACACAAAGGAAUUGAUUUUCUAGAUAAAUAUGGAAAUUUUGUCAAGGAAAGGUGCGCGAUAGAAUUAGAAUAUGCAGGAAAGCUCAGGAGACUCGUCAAAAACUACCAACCAAAAAGAAAAGAAGAAGAUGAGUAUCAAUACACACCAUGCAAAGCAUUUAGACAGUUACUUCAAGAGCUGGGUGACUUCGCGGGUCAGCGGGAGGUUGUAGCAGAAAACUUACAGUCAAAUGUUGUCAGAGAGUUGCAUCUUCUCGCUAAGGAGCUGCGAGAAGAGAGAAAGCAACACUUAAACGAGGGUGCGAAACAGACUGCAGUAUUAAACGCGGCAAUUGCUGCUUUAGACCGAGCCAGGAGAACGUACGAGAGGGCGGCGAGGGAAUCAGAAAGAGCGCUUGAAGCUUUUCAAAAGGCCGAUGCGGAUUUUAAUCUAAGUCGAGCGGAAGUGGAGAAACAGAAAGCGAACAUGAAACUCCGAAGUCAAGCGUGCGAAGACGCGAAGCAGGAGUACACGGACCAGCUGAGGAAGACGAACGAGGCGCAGCGGCAACACUACGAGCAAAGGCUACCGUACGUCUUCAAACAGUUGCAGGAUUUAGAUGAAAAACGAAUAAAAAAUAUCAAAAAUUUCAUGCUAAGUUCAGUGGACGUCGAAAGGAAAGUUUUUCCGAUUAUAAUGCAGUGCCUAGACGGAAUGGAGCAAGCAGCAAAUAGUAUAAAUGAAAAAGAGGACACACAAUUAGUAAUAGAAAGAUACAAAUCCGGGUUCGUGCCGCCGGAAGACUUCCAGUUCGAGGCGGCGUCCGGCGCCGACACGACGGACUCUGCGACCCCGCACCACCCGCACAACCACCUGACGGCCGCGCGCGGCACUGUGUCCGGCAACCGGAUCAAGAAAAGAGGCGGCUUACUAUCGAUAUUCAGUUCGAAUAAGAACAACAUGUCUACGGAUGGAAAGGAGGAUUAUUCAGAUUUGCCACCAAAUCAAAAGAAAAAGAAACUGCAGGCUAAAGUUCAUGAGUUAUCAAAACAGGUUGCACAAGAACAAGCCGCUAUGGAAGGUCUGAUGAAAAUGAAAGGCGUGUAUGAAACAAAUCCUACGUUAGGCGAUCCUAUGACAGUAGAAGGACAACUGAACGAGUGCUGCGACAAGCUAAAGAAGCUGCGCGCACAACUGCGCAAGUUCGAGGAGCUGCUGGCCGAGGCCAACAGCCAGGUGUGUGCGCCGCAGCAGCUACAGCCGCCCGCCAGGACCAAUGGCGCGCCGCCCACGCAAGCUACCAGUAUCGGAUCGAACAGCGAGUCCCUAUCACGUUCAGCGUCCGAAUCGUCAGUGAGCACGGGCACCGGCACGGGCCAGUACCAAUGUACGGCCGCACUCUCCGGGACCAACACCGGGGGCCGAGCCGCCGGAGGGUCGCCCGAGUCCGGACUGGGCGGGGAACUAGCCGUUGCCAAUACGGACCACGCGAAUGGAGAUGCGGACCAUGACGAUCACGAUAACGAUCACGAAUCAGACUUCGAUUAUUACUACGAGCCCGAUUUGCAGCCGUUGGGAUAUUGUAUGGCGCUGUACACGUUUGAAGCAAACGGUACGGGCUCAACAAUGCGUAUGGAAUGCGGCGAGCGGCUCCUGGUGCUGGAGACGGACGCGGGCGACGGCUGGACGCGCGUGCGGCGGCGGCACACGCGCGAGGAGGGCUUCGUGCCCACCACCUACAUCGCCACCACGCUCUACCCGGACUCGCACGACCACUAGCCGAUGGCAGUGAGAGACACUCGAUUCGUCCAGUGCGUGGUGUAGUGUAGUGCUGGAAUCUCGCGACGUGCGGACUCUGAGCGGCGCGGCCUUUGUUCUGUGGCCUACAAUGUUACGUGCGCGGAUAAUAACGCAUACAGUUAUAACUUUACUUAUCAAUCAUAAUGAACUGCAGGCGAAAUACUAAAAACAACUGUGAUAAUGGUACUGCAGACCCUAAAAUCAAAGCGAUUUAUGACAUUAUUAUUUCAAAACGAUAUCUGUUGCUACUUCAAAUAUAUAUUUUGAAUUAAAACAUAUCUAUACCGUAUAACAAACAGACUACUAUGUGUUUGUGUGUACAUACUUAAAUAACCUUCUUGAUUUUACUCUUUUACUCUAAUGAUCUGAAAACUGUCUUUAAAAAUAAAUAAUGCUAUUAAUUCGCCAUGUGAUCAGGGCACAUAAACACAUGUAAUUUUGAUGAGUUCAAUUACAAAUAACGCAACGCGUAAUAAUAUUCUUGUUGUACUCUUUCGCCUAAAAAUUGUAAAUAUGAGUAAAUUAUUUAAAAAUAGGUUAAAAUACAGUUCUCAAGCGUGUGUGAAGUUUUUUAUUUAGAGAUUAUCGAUAAUGUGCAAUCAAAGUUAUCAUAAUUAUAAUUCUAUGCGUUAUUGUUCCAAUAUUAAAGAGUAUUUUUGCUAUAAUUUAUCCUUACGGAAAAGUAGCGUUAUUUUUUUAUCGUGUCGUUUCUAUCGAUUGUUAUUCUGGCAUAAAGGCCUUUAAUGAACAAGCGCAGGAAAUCAUAAUAACAUUCCAUGAUCUUAUUUAUUGUGUAUAUUCCGGCCAACUGACAUACAUAUUUUCAUGUGUGCCGUGUAGCCUAAUUGUGUAAUAUUAAUUUUAAUAUUGUAUAACUCAUCUAGAUCUUCAUUGUGCCAGCUGUUUAUGCGUUAAGGGGUUUUUCGUACUUAUUACAUAGUUUUAUACUCUUGCUUAAUGUGAUUCUGCCAUGGAGUAUUUGGAAUUAUAGCAAAAAUAAGUGUAAACUUAGUUACAAAGUGUAAAAUAUGUAAACUUUUGUUUUAAGUGGUAAGCACCGCAAUAUUGUCAUGUAAUGAGUAAUGAUUAAAUAAAUACUUUAUCUGAUAUCACACUUCAUGUAUUAUAAUGUGCUUAUGGAGAAAUUACCUAGUUAAUAAUGCUAGCUAAAUGUAUUAGCCAAUGCUAUUUUCCGAAUAUUUGCUAUACGCCACCUUAUAGUACCUAAUGUAUUUAUAUAUAGUGAUGAAGGAUGAAUGAAGGCAUUUGAUUUUAUAUAUAAUAAAUAAUAAAAUAUAUGAGGACAUGUACAAA